AUUAUUUUUUCUGUUAAUUGCUUCGGCUAUAAUUCCAACCAAAAUCAUUUUAAUGGUCGACGUUUGCCUUCACACUUGUGUCUCUAUGACCCUCCUUGGAUUGAGAUGUCGAACUCCAUGAAUCCAUGCUUGAAGAUCAGCUAUGUCGUCUUUGCCUUCUUCUCCGCAAUCUUUCUCGGUGCUCUCAAAGGAUCAUUGGUGGGUCCUGUUGCCGGACCGAUUCUGAUACUUGGAAACGUGGGGGUUAUAUUGGGUCUCUUUCCUGCUCAUGUUUACUGGACUGUUGAUACCAUCAUUAAGACUAAUCGGUUCGAUGUACCACUCAAAGUUGCUUUCUUAAUUGCUUUACCAGCAUUGUUUGGAAUUUGGUUAGGCCUCAGCAUUGCUGGGAGUGUUAUCAUUGGUGUGUUGUAUGGGUUUUUUACGCCCUGGGUUUCAACUUUUGAGGCCUUCAGGCAAGAUACUGAAUUGGAUAAGUUCAAACACUGUAUUGUGGAUGGGACAUGGGAAACAAUAAAAGGGAGUUGUACUGUGGUUCGCGAUUUUGCAGACGUCUGCUACCAUUCGUACCCUGCCUACUUGAAAGAAUUACGAGAACGAAAUGCAAGUUUUGAAGACACUCAAACUCUGAGGUUGAUACACGUGCCAGCAUGUAUUGUUGUGGGGCUGAUGGGAUUAAUAGUGGAAAUUCCUCUUUAUACUAUCAUUGCAAUAGUAAAAGGUCCAUUAAUGCUUUUCAAGGGCUGGCAUCGCUUGCUACAUGAUCUAGUUACCCGAGAAGGCCCAUUCUUUGAAACUGCCUGUAUCCCGGUUGCCGGUUUGACAAUCCUUCUAUGGCCACUAAUUGUCAUUGGGAGCAUCUUUUUCUCUAUUUUCUCCAGCAUUUUCAUUGGACUAUAUGGAUCUGCCAUAGUGUAUCAGGAGAGAUCUUUCAGGAGAGGUGUAGCUUAUGUAAUUGCCAUGGUUGCAGAGUUUGAUGAGUACACAAAUGACUUCCUUUAUCUAAGAGAGGGGUCCAUCCUUCCAAAGCCCCAGUAUCGGAAGAAGAGGGUCUCUCAGUCAGCAGAGUUUUCUGUUGGAGGAAGUCAUGGGGCAAGAAGCAAAUUCAUCUCUGUUUCUACAGAAGGACCUGCAAUACUUGUGGCAAGCUUAACUUCUUCAAGAUCUGUCAGAGAGGCAAUACAAGAAGUAAAAAUGAUGCAGAUAUGGGGCAACAUGAUGAAGUCUAGUGAAAUCAAGGGUAGGGAACUGUUGGAUGCCAAUGUCAUAACAACAGCUGACCUUGAUCAGUGGUUGAAGACUAAGUACAAGGAUGAAGCACCCAUAAUUGGCAGUGGUUUGCCUUCUUAUUCAUUUCUGCAUUUUCUCCUGCGCUCUAUCAAGUUUGGAGCAGAUGGCUUAUUGUUGCUCGAUGGUGUUGAAGUCAACAAUCUGAAUCGACCACAGGACCGGUUGGUGGAAUGGUUCUUCCAUCCUGUCAUGGUCUUAAAGGAACAGAUCAAAGUCAUAAAUAUGGUAGAGGGUGAGGUGGAAUUUUUAGAGAAGGUUGUGCUCUUUGGUAGUGAUAUCAAACGCAUGGAAGCUUGGGAAAAUGGUUCUGUGGUUCCUCAAGAUCCUCUCAGAGCUGCUCAAAUUGAAGGCAUUGGCCGCAGGUUAAUAGGAAUUGCGACAGCUAUAUCAAAGUUGCCAAGUUACAGAAGGAAAUUCCAGCUCGUAGUUAAGAGUCUGAUGACAUAUUCUCUUGAUGAAGGCCCUUCUAGUUCCAACUUGAUCAAAUCCAUUGCUUCAACUGAUGUUGUGUAGAUUGAUAAAGCUAAUUAUUCUGUUCCUUUUGUAUCAAUUCUUAUGUUUUUGUGGUGCUAAGUUCAAUGAUACAAAUGAAAGUUCAAAAUCAAGUU